AUGUCUCGAAAACAAUGCGUGGAAAGUGCACUUCCUGCAUCACAUAACGCUAAUUAUGUGAACGUCUUCGAACGUCGUCGUCGUCGUCAAUCUAACAAUAGACAGAAUUUGAUGUCUGAUCAAGAACGUAGGGCAAAAUUUGAACAGCUUAUUCGUCGUUAUGAAAUUAAUAAAACUUUUGCUUCAAAGUUAGGUGCUUUAGAUGGUUAUGAAAUUGUUUUUAUUUGUGAUGAUUCAGAUUCAAUGAAUACAGAACUAAGUGAUGUUUCUGGACCAUAUGAAAAGGCACCAACUCGCUGGGAUGAAUUGAAACAAACAGUAUCAAUUGUUAUUGAUUUAGCUAGUACAUUUGAUCCAGAUGGUGUAGAUGUGUAUUUUCUUAAUCGUGAACCAAUGUAUAAUAAGGCAUGUUAUACAUAUUUAUUCAAUAAAAUAUCGAUUGUUAAAAUAAUUUCAGGUCCAACACCAAUGGUUCGAGUUUUGCGACAAGUUCUUAAAGAAAAAAAAAAUCAAAUACAAGAACGAAAAUUACUUAUUUUCUUAGCUACAGAUGGAGUACCAACAGAUGACAAUGGUCAACCAAGAAUUGAUGAAUUACGACAAUUUUUGUUAGAGGAACGUAAACCUAUAAAUCAAAUAUCAGUUACAAUUAUUGCUUGUACAGAUGAUAAUGAGUGUAUGUCAUAUUUAAAUAAUUGGGAUAAAAUAAUUCCAAAUCUUGAUGUUAUUGAUGAUUAUCGAAGUGAAAAAAAAGAAAUUCUUGCAUGUCAAGGACGAUCAUUUCCAUUCAGUUAUGGUGAUUAUGUUGUAAAAAUUCUUAUGGGUAGUAUAGACCCUUGGUUUGAUGCAUUGGAUGAAAAGCAAGUCACAACAGAUGAAUAUGGGCGAUCUGAACCAAGAAUGACAACAAAUAAUAAUUUUUAA